UUUUCCGCAAAUUUUCCAAAUGGAAAAUUUGUCCACAGGUUAAACAAUAAACGCGAUUGGUCCAUUCCAAUGGAAUAAUCGAUCGAUUAUUAACUUAACCGGAGUUGGUGAAAGUAUGGCACUCGAAGCCAUUUUGCAAUUUUGCAAAAUAAUUUGAUUGGAGCCGUCGGAACAGUUGCCCAAUCGUUGUACAGCUUCUGAAGAAAAAGCAUCCGUGACGAUAUAUAGUGGCGAUGUAGUGGCGCUACGCCAUCUUUCGAACGCUUGGCAGACUUCUUGGCGCGUCAAUGAUAUCAACCUAAAAAUCUAGUAUGGCGUUUAUUGUGAGAGCAGCUGCUUGGAUUAUUUGAAAAUACCUCUGUCUCUCUCUCUCUCUCUCUAUCUCUAUCUCUUUGUCUCUCUCUCUCUCUGUGAUUGAUAAUCAGCCGGUAGACGAAAAGUAGCAAAAGUCUUACGCUAACGCUAAGCCUUUUGUAAUUAUCGAAUUCCACACUCGCUAUUCAAUCAUUUUUAUCAUAAUCAUCAUCUGUAAUCGUGUAAUAAUGACGGAUCGAACCGAGUUGAGAAUGAACGUGGCUGCUUUGAAACGAGUUGAUCCUUACGUCAAGGAUAUCUUGGAAACUGCGACUCAUGUCGCUCUGUAUACAUUUAAUGCGGAUGAAAAUGAAUGGGAAAAGACUGACAUUGAGGGCGCUCUAUUCUUGUAUUCGAGAAACGGCGAACCAUACAACAGUAUCCUCAUUAUGAACAGAUUGAAUACAAAUAAUCUAGUAGAACCAGUUGCUCCAGGUUUAGAUUUGCAACUGCAGGAACCAUUUCUGCUAUACAGAAAUUCCAGAUGCAAUAUCUAUGGUGUUUGGUUUUAUGAGAAAGAAGAAUGUGUGCGUAUUGCAAAUAUGCUGAAUAAACUUUUGAAGGAAUGUGAAGAAAGUCGCAAAAUUAAUAACAAGCCGCUACUUAAGGCUAAAAAGACCUCGGGAUCUAAUGUAAACAAUGUGGAUAUAUUCAGUAUGCUUAGCAAGGCCCAAGAAGACUUUAACACAAGUAGAAGUAGCGGAGGAGGUGGAGGUGGGAGCGACAGCGGUAACAUGGUAACAGGAUCAAAGUCUCCAUCGAUAACGCCAUUGACUGAUAAUAUUUCUGGACCUCUAGCUGCUCCCUUAGGACCCGAUGUCACUUCGCAAAGUGUAAUGGAUUUUUUUGCUAAAGCUAAGGUGAAUACUGGACAUUUCAAACCAAGUGAUCAACCUACGCCGGGAAGCACAGUUGCAGUUGAGAGUAAACCUUUACUCGCCCGUUUAAUGUCCCAUCCGGCAGCGCAUACUUUAGAACAUAUCGAGAAACAACAGAGAUCUGUAACACCGCAACCAUCUCAUCAGUCACAGCCGACGUCAAUUCCAUCCACAAAUAAACCCAAAAGACGAAACAAGACAACUCCGCAACAAGAAUCGGUCAUAUCCACGUCAGCGCCAAUUUCUCAAGAUUUGCCGCUACCUAUCACUCCGAAUGUCAAUGACUCGAACGGAUCGACUGGAUUUCUCAGGAUACAAUCGCCGACUAACGUAGCGUCUUCUACUUUAAGAAAUCAUCAAGCUUCGAAUGUUACUACAACCAACAAUACCAAUCCACUUGCGUCAUUAUUUGCUCAUGCUUCUGGAAGUACGUCAUCAGACGAUAUUAUCCCGGCGGCACCUACGUUGUCGGGAAGAGGAUCGGCGCCAGCAUUGAUACCACCUGUGAUGUUUGCCGCUCCCAGCCCACCCGAACCCUUAAGCAGACCGUUAGAACCGUUAACGAGGAAUCAACUUUUACAAGCAUUCAAUUACCUGUUGAAAAGUGAUCCAGAUUUUAUCAACAAACUUCACGAGGCCUAUGUCAAAUCGUUUGGAGAAAUACUUUCUUAAAGUCCUCACAUUAUUGUAUUAAUCACGAAAUACCCCUUGUGGAUUGUGACUGAUAAGGAUUAAGCUAAAUCUCAAUAUUCUCAGAUUACAUGUGCAUGUACAUAAUAAGUGAAAUGUACGAUGCCCGACUCAGUUGAGAAGAUACAAAUCGCUUUUUUUAAAGAAAAGGAACAUUUCUUUCCCGGCCGAAGAUUAGAAAGCAGACACGAAUAGAAAACUAUAUGAUGUAAUACCUCGAACAGUAUUUUUAUAAAACAAUGCACUUUCUUUCUGGAUAAAAGUAAAGCGAUGACGUACAAUGAC